CGCAUAUAAAUUGAGCCUUUGCUCUCUGCCAUCCCUCAAAAGGGAGUUGCCAUGGCUGCUUUUAAGUUCUGCACAACUAAACAAGCUUCCUUCUUCCUCUUCAUUGUCUGGUUCGCAUUCUCUCCUACUGCCUCUUAUGGCGACUAUGGGUGGCAGAGCGGCCAUGCCACGUUCUAUGGUGGUGGUGAUGCAACUGGGACCAUGGGGGGAGCUUGUGGAUAUGGCAACCUGUACAGCCAGGGGUAUGGCACACUGACUGCUGCACUCAGCACUGCUCUGUUCAACGAUGGCCUCAGCUGCGGGUCAUGCUACGAGAUGAGGUGCAACGACGACGCCAAGUGGUGCCGGCCGGGCAGCAUCACGGUCACCGCCACCAACUUCUGCCCGCCGAACUACGCCUUGGCUAAUGACAAUGGCGGGUGGUGCAACCCUCCCCUGCAGCACUUCGAUUUGGCAGAGCCUGCUUUCCUGCAGAUCGCCGAGUACAGGGCCGGAAUUGUGCCGGUAGCAUACAGAAGGGUUCCAUGCGUGAAGAAAGGAGGAAUAAGGUUCACCAUCAACGGCAAUCCUUACUUCAACCUGGUGCUCAUCACCAACGUUGGUGGCGCAGGGGACGUCCAUGCGGUGGCUGUAAAGGGGUCGAGAACAGGGUGGCAGCCCAUGUCCAGGAACUGGGGACAGAACUGGCAGAGCAACUCUUACCUCAGAGGCCAGACCCUCUCCUUCCGGGUUACUACCAGCGACGGCAGGACCGUCACCAGCUACAAUGCAGUGCCGGAAAAUUGGCAAUUUGGCCAGACCUUCGAGGGUAGCCAGUUCUAGACAAAGAGAGAUUAGACAAGCAUACACGCAUUGUUGGUAGAGAAUGAGCGAGAGAAGAGAGAGAGAGAGAGAGAGACAUUGUAUGUAGCCAUGAAUGCUGAGGUGGUCUCAGUUAGCACCCGCUUGGCCACAACGUCGAGUUUGUCAUAGGUACUUCUUGUAUUGUAUUAUUUUUCAUGGAAGAUUUUUUGGCCUAUAAAAAGCCAGAAUGUA